UGCAUCCAAGACUAGACUACUCGAUCCUCCAACACGCGAUUGCGGGGGCGGGGACGCUCACAUGGGGGGGGUUCCCCAAGUCAGUGGAGAGACAACUCUUUCUAGCCAUGUGCCCGAGGCCUGAACCAGGGUGCUAGGGUGUUAGGGUACUUGGGGGCGAGACAUUCGGCUCGAUGAGACACUGAUGAUGGUUGCGAUGCGGGUGGAUCGUUGGAUAGUUUGUCCGGAGUCUGUACUUGAGGGCUAUAGUCUGAUCAUUGGAUAGUGACCUUAACGGCCGAUGAUACGAAAUUCAAGUCAUGCCGAUGUUCUCGACGACCCCAAGAUGUGGUAGCAUGGUUUAGUCCGGCGAAACGGGAUUCAGGCUCGGCUAGCAAGUAAUAGUAGAUCAAAGCAACAUACAACGGCAACUUCGCCGAAGCCUCGAGUUUUAUAGUAGAAACUUGCAGGGUCCUCGUCGCGUAUGUUGAACGUGCUACUACACGAUCGUCAUAGCCUUACAAGAUGACUUCGAAUCCAGAAUGGGGAGAGAAGACUUCCGCCUUAGAAGUUGCUAAGACCUAUGCGCAGCAAAUUGAAGGCAAAAAUGUUCUGAUCACGGGCGUCGCGCCUGAGGGUGUCGGGGAGGGAACGGCUAUCGCUUUCGCGUCUCAAAAGCCGGCGAUCCUCAUAUUGGUGUCUAGGACGAAAGAAAAGCUCGAAGCUAUAGCGUCAACCGUUCGUGAUCUAUACCCAGGAGUUAAUGUGCGAACCGUUACGAUAGACCUAGCUUCCCAGGCCUCAAUCCGUAAGGCGGCUGCCGAAGUCAUUGGCUUGAUUUCUAAGUUGGAUAUUUUGGUGAAUAACGCCGGUGCGACUUACAACACUCGUAAGUGGACUGCGGAAAGAAUUGAGAUACAAUUCGGCGCAAACCACAUUGGUCCAUUCCUAUUCACAAAGUUAUUGUUUCCCCUCUUGAGCGAAGCGGCUAAGCAGUCACCCGCCGGCGCAACUCGUAUCAUCAACCUUUCCAGCCACGGCCAUCGACUCUCCCCGAUACGUUUUCACGACUACAAUAUCGAGAACAAAGAAGUGCCUCCCGAGGAGAAGCCGUUCUCACCUUUACCGCCUACAUUUUCAAAGGUGACGGAGGAUGGUUAUAUGGGUACUAUUGCGUACGCCCAAAGCAAAACCGCCAAUAUUCUAUUUACCCUAUACCUUCAGGAGCAUUUGCAGGCGAAAGGCAUCACGUCAUAUGCCGUGCAUCCAGGUGGGGUGACUAGCCAUCUGGGCCGAGAUCAUGAUGAGGAGAUGGCGGAUGCAAUCGCCAAAACGUCGAAAUUCUGGAAAAAUUGCGACCAAGGAGCAUCAACGACUCUUGUAGCUGCGGUUGACCCUGCGCUCAAUGUUCCCAGUGGCCUCUACUUGGCCGACUGCCAAUUCUUUCCCAGCGCGGACCACGCAAAGGAUCCAUCCACUGCCGAGCGCCUGUGGCACUUGAGCGAAGAUCUGAUUGGAGAGAAAUUCGAUCUUGAAUGAUAUUGUUUUCUGCGCGAAUGUGUACUUAGUAUUAUGAAGUAAAUAGAGGGACCGCCCGGGUUCAUACCCACGUUCCUGUAUGUAAGAGGAAUCUAGAUGGUAUGCUCACUCCAUAUCUCAUAGACGCCAUCACACCAUCUGAUGCAAGAUUUAUUAGCAUGGCUAGGCAUGCCGAAUAUCAGAUGUUCCGGGUCAUCUAGGCGGAAGUAUUUAUAGGUCGAAUCUCCCGGAUUAAUCAAUAUCCACGCUGGUUCCGUGCCACAUUUCUGUUUCGAGCUUAGCUAUAACGCAGUAUUGAUUAAUCCCCUUAAUGCGA